AUGUCGGAGGAAACAUCUUUAUACCUUUGUGCAAAGCGACAUCCAGCGAUGGAGAAGCAAACCACCAACUUCAGAGCCUGUUUGCCUGUGAGGAAAAGAGUUGCCAUUGCACUGUGGAAGCUGGCUACCAACCGUGAAUACAGAAGUAUAGGUCAUCUUUUUGGUGUCAGUAAAUCAUCAGUGUGCCGGUGUGUGCAGGACUUCUGUAAGGCUGUAUGCACAUUGCUAGCUCCUGAAAUUAUUCAUUUUCCAGACUGGCAAAAGCUUAAAGACAUGGCUGACUACUUUGAGAACAGGUGGGGCCUUCCACAGUGUGUUGGUGAUAUUGAUGGGUCACACAUACCAAUAAUAGCACCACAAGAAUACCACACUGACUACUUCAACAGAAAAGGCUGUCAUUCCAUCAUCCUCCAAGGAGUAGUGGAUGGAAAAGGACUAGUCUGGAGUGUGAAUGUAGGAAAGCCUGGGAGUUUGCAUGAUGCUCGGGUUCUACGACUGUCCACAUUUUGGGAUUGGGUUGGCCAGGGAGGCCUGUAUCCUGUUUGCACUAAGAACAUUGGGGGGAGGGGUGGGGCGGUAAUUGUUGGCUAUUAUGUGCUCGGGUACUCUGCCUACCCUUUACAAAAUUGGCUCCUGAAACCAUUUCCUGACAAUGGCCGCCUGACACCAGAACAACAAACCUACAACAAGAAAACAUCCAGGGCACAGGUCGUAGUUGAAAAUGCAUUCGGAAGACUUAAGGGUAGGUGGCAUUGUCUUAUGAAGAGGAAUGACAGUGACAUUGCACUUGUCAAAUCCAUGGUGCUUACUUGCUGUGCUCUUCACAAUCUUUGUGAAAGACAUGGAGAAGACUUCCACCAGGAUUGA